UAGCUCCCUAAGUUCCAAGUGUUUCCAACCCCCACAACAACGAGAGUUAAGGGGGAAAAAAGAGAUCUAGUGAGUUAGGGAGAGAGAGAGAAAUAGGAAUGGGAACUAAUGAGACACAAAGGGCACUAGAAAACCAUAAUUCGACGGCGGUCGGCGAGCUGAUCAGAGGGUGGCGGUCGGCGGUCAAGCUCGAGGAGUUGCUACGAGAAUUUUUGCCCCCGGAGAACCUGGGGACGGAUUCUGCCAUCCUGGCACUUGUCGCAGAUAUUUUGGGCUCGUUUUCGAAAACGGUUAAUGCUUUGGAUUCUGAGAGGCAGGGCCAAGGGUCGCAUUUCAAUCGCUCAGCACGAUCGACUCGGAGGAAUUGGCGUGGAAGGAGAAGGGUUCAUCCUUACGAGUGUACGAGGGUGCUAACAAAGACAAUGGAUGAUGGAUUCACAUGGCGAAAAUACGGGCAAAAGGAAAUCCUUAAUUUGAAGCAUCCAAGGAGCUACUUCAGGUGCACACACAAGUAUGAUAAAAGAUGCCCAGCCACAAGACAAGUUCAGAUCUGGGAACAAGACCCCUCCAUGCUUGAGAUCACUUACAUUGGAGAACACACAUGUAGAGAUCUCCACAACUCUUCUACCAUCACCGACAUCGUCGACUCAAACGCUACGACAACAACAACAAAUCAUAAUGAUCAUAAUGAUCAAAAUGCUCCCCCCUUCUCUUCCUCUUCUUCUUCUUCUUCUUCUGCGUACUCAUCGAAAGAGGCCUCCCCCUUAACAUUUCCGGUUCUGCCUGAUAUAGUAGGAUUCGAUCCGGUCAUGCCGAUCGCGCAACUUGCAAGUUUUGCGUCGGAAGUUUUACCCAGUGUGCAAUCUUCUACCGGCUGCUCUGAUGCGAAUUUCGAUGAAAAGUUCUUGGAAGUCGACGAUAUACUCGGCUUCGAUGAUCAGUUUGGGUUAUUUUUAGAUUAGAGUGGUUUAUAUUAGGUUUUACUAGAAAGGAUUAUAGGAGGGUUUUGUUUUUUAACUCCUAGUAGAGGGACUUUAAUUUUGUUGCUGAUUUGGGACUAGAUGAAUCAAAACUUACUAAAGAAGGAGAGGAAAAACUACAGAUGUAUACCAUACAAAUAAAUGAAGCACAACUUAGUUUUCAUUAUUUGCAAAA